ACACAUACUCACACACCGAUGGCGCAGGGGGCAAUUUGGGGUUCAGGAUCUUGCCCAAGCACACUUCAACAUGCAGCCUGAGCCACAGCUGCCCCAAAAAUACUGUGUAUCACUGUACAAAUAUUGUGAAAGUAUCAAAGCGCUCAGUCCAUGGAGAAAUGCACACAGCCUAUAUUCAGAAACUGUGCCUUUAAAUUAGCCGUUUUGACUUCCACAAGGUUGUGAUGUGACAACUAUAUGCUCAGUGUUUCCCCUCCCAUUGCGGCUUACUCCUCCUGAAAAAAACAAAAUAUGUUUAUCUAUAUUAUUUACCUAAAUUAUGUGCACUCAUUCAUUUCAGCUCAGUGUGAGAGUCUCUACUGUGUUUUGUUGUCAUUUAUAGUUGCGCUAAUUUCUCUCCUCUCCUGCUUGCUACAAUCCGUUACCUUUGGUUGGCCAGGGCGUGUGUCACUUAGAAAACAGUCGGCCAAUCAGAAGAGAGGGGCUCUGAUCAGACACAAAACAGCCUGCAUCCAUGUCUUGUACAGCUUGUUUGAGGCCUCCCAGCACUGUCAUCCCUUCAAAUGCUCAGUGACGAGGCCAGCUUCAAGUGUUUUCCUGGCCAGACAUCGUCCUGAAGUAAGAAGAAUGAGCCGUGUGGAGGGUCUGAGGGCCGACUCCUCUCAGUUCACUCUGGAGGGAGAGCCUUUCCGCAUCCUGGGGGGCUCCAUCCAUUACUUCCGUGUCCCCAGAGCCUACUGGGAGGACCGGCUGUUGAAGAUGAAGGCCUGUGGCCUCAAUACUCUCACGACAUAUAUACCAUGGAACCUGCAUGAGCCUGAAAGAGGAACAUUCAACUUUCAGGAUCAGUUGGACCUCAGGGCUUAUGUCAGUUUAGCAGCAGAGAUGGGUCUCUGGGUGAUCCUGCGUCCUGGACCAUAUAUCUGUGCUGAAUGGGACUUGGGCGGGUUGCCUAGCUGGUUGUUACAAGAUAAAAACAUGCAGCUGAGGACAAUGUAUCCUGGAUUUGUAGAUGCUGUCAACCUCUACUUUGACAAGCUUGUAUCGGUGAUCAAACCUAUGAUGUUUGAAGAAGGAGGCCCAGUCAUUGCAGUUCAACUUGAGAACGAGUAUGGAUCAUAUGCCAAAGAUGAAAGAUACAUGCCAUUUAUAAAAGACUGUCUCCAGUCCAGAGGCAUCAAUGAGCUCCUGCUGACUUCAGACAACUGGGAAGGCUUGAGAUAUGGAGGGAUGGAGGGAGUUCUAAAAACCAUAAACCUUCAGAGACUGUCAUUUGGAGCGAUCCAGUGCUUAGCUGACAUGCAGCCCCAGAAACCUCUGAUGGUUAUGGAGUAUUGGUGUGGGUGGUUUGAUGUCUGGGGAGAGCAUCACCAUGUGUUCCAUGCUGAAGACAUGCUAGCUGUGGUGUCAGAAAUCCUGGAGAGAGGUGUUUCCAUUAACCUGUACAUGUUCCAUGGUGGAACCAGCUUCGGCUUCAUGAAUGGAGCAAUGGACUUUGGCAACUACAAACCUCAGGUCACCAGUUAUGAUUAUGAUGCUCCCCAAACAGAGGCUGGAGACUGCACCACAAAAUAUCAACUCUUGAGGAAUUUAUUCAGCCAGUACCACUCUGAGCCUCUACCUGAAGUGCCCUCUCCUCAGGAGAGGAGAGCAUAUGACGCUGUUGUCAUCCAGCAGUACCUGUCACUGUGGGACAGCCUGCACUUCACCGACAAGCCGUACAGGUCAGAAAGGCCGGUGAACAUGGAGAAUCUCCAUGUCAACAAUAACAAUGGUCAGUCAUACGGUUACACGCUGUAUGAAACCACCAUCACAAGUGGAGGAACCCUCAACUCCAGGAACAACAUCAGAGAUAGAGCACUGGUUUUUGUGGACAGACAAUGUGUUGGUAGUUUGGACUACAAGAUUCAGGAACUGGCUGUCCCUGAGGGAAAGGGAGACAGGACAUUGAGUUUACUUGUGGAGAACUGUGGAAGAGUGAAUUAUGGAAAAGCUCUGGAUGAACAGCGCAAAGGUAUUGUGGGAGACAUUGAGUUGAAUCACACGCCUCUGAGAGGAUUCACCAUCUUCUGUUUAGAUAUGAAGCCAGGCUUUAUGAAAAGAUUAACAAAUUCGGGUCAGUGGAAGUGUGAUUUCAAGCCACCCUCACUCCCAGGGUUCUUCCAGGCCAGACUGCAUGUGGAUGGCUCUCCCAGAGACACCUUCAUCAGACUCCCUGGUUGGGGUAAAGGAGCUGUGUUUGUCAAUGGGCAGAACCUUGGACGCCAUUGGUUCAUCGGCCCCCAGCAUUUCCUUUACCUCCCAGGACCGUGGCUCAGAAGCGGAGAGAAUCAGAUCAUUGUUUUUGAGGAACAAAAAGCCGAUGACAAAAUACAGUUUGCGGAAAAUCCUGAUCAUGGAAAGACAAUUGAUGUUUACAAGCUUCCCUUUUGCACACUGCUGUGAUAAUAAUUACUAAAACACACACUUUCACACCACACACACACACACACACACACACACACACAAGGGCAUAUUUUAUUGAUCAGAGUUAUUGCCACUUAUUCAAAUCAAUUAAUUUACUAACCAUGCUUUCAAAUGCAAUUGUGCAGCAGUAUGCAGUUUUUUUUCAAAGCUUUGAUGAAAUGUUAAAAUAUGCCAUUGAUUAUGUUGCCUUCUGC